AAUAAAAUACCACUGCGCAAGUAAAAUUUACGAUAUUUUAUGCAAACAAUUUACUUUACUUUGCAUGUAACCUUAUGCUAGAAUCACCUUGAGUAGCAAUACGUUUGAUAGUAUAGUUAUUAAGCGACUGGUUUUCGAUGUGCCAAAGUUUGGAGUUUCUUGGGAAAAUUCUGUGAAUAAGAAAAUUGGAUAAAAUGGCGUGGUUUUUGGAAAUUAAGAAGAUCAAAUUCAAGAAUCCGAUGACUACGAUUAAGAUCGUCCUUAUUCUACACUAUUUACUGACUGUAAUGGGUGCCAUAGGAACAUUCAAUCCGUUCGUCUAUCUCUUUUACAAUUUCGUUAUAAUACUUUUGCUAAUUUGGAGUAUAUACUCGAAAACCGACGAGCCUCUAAAGCUGGCGAUUAUUCUAAACAUGUGCGCUGUAAUUUUGGACGCCCUGUAUAUUGUGGCUUUAGUGGAGGAUACAAAAAGUCGAAAAGUGGUGUUGUCAAUAGUAGCGUCCUCUAUUCACCUGAUAUUCAGGCCCUUCAGUAUAUUGGUGCUGAUAAAGAAGGACGAGAAACUGUCAGAAGGGAAUAGCGAAGAAAAUCCUAAUGAUAAAUCAAUUCAAACUGUAGACAAUUACGAUUUUCCGACUUUUAAGAAAAACAAAAUUACCAUUUUGUGAUUCUUAACAGCGCAAAAAAACGCCUCAUACAUUUCCGCCAGUACGAUCGUCUUUAUUGAGAUUUAGGAAGACUGAAUAUUUGUUAUUAAUUCAUAUUUUACCGUAUUAUAUUUAAAACAACAAUAAAUAGCCUUAUAUUAUUUAUUAUAUUACGAAUAAAUCGAAUAAAAAAAUCAAACGAAAACUGUUAAUAUCCUUAAUCUACAAUUACUAUCAGCAAAAGCGCUUAAAACUCCAUCGAUUUAUUGCUUGUUUUCCUCCUCUUCGGGCUUCCUAAUCUUCCUGGGCCGCCCCCGUUGUCGUUUAACCUUCUUUGUUUUGUCCUCCUCCUUCUCGGUAUCCGAAUCAGGCGAAGUUUCGAUCUUCUCCCGAGCGCUCGUGAACACCUGAUGAAGAACGAUGCUGUCUUCGUAGAUAGCCGAAGCUUCCUCGUUGUAUUCCUGCGCGUUCUGGCACAGCAGCGUGAAAUCCCGUUCCAGAUCGUUGAA